AUGCCAGACAACUCUCUUAUUCCCGGAGUGAUUGCAAACUGGUGGUUAAAUGAGAACCUUGGUUCAGGUUACUCCGGGUCGAUAUUUAAGGCCACACAUCUACAUACUCGUCAAGUAGUAGCACUCAAGAUUCAAUACGUGAACCAUGAAUGUCCAACCAAUCGUUACGAGCGCUACCUAUACCCACUUCUACAAGGUGGGGCAGGGAUGCCAAGACUAUAUGCUUCAGGAGUUCAAGGAGACUGGGACUAUCUCGCGAUCGAUCUUCUGGGAUCCAGUCUUGACAGCCUGUUUAGAAAGAGUGGGAAGGAUACGAUGGACCUCAGAAGUGUUUGCUCAGUAGCUAUUCAAGUUAUAAUGAGACUCCAGUUUAUGCACGCGAGGGGCGUUCUGCACCGCGACAUCCAACUGGGAAACUGCGUCAUUGGGUUACCUCCGAACGACAAGAUCAUCUACAUGAUUGACUUUGGUUUCUCCAAACGAUACAUCGAUCAAUACACUGGCCGCCACAUUCCUGACAGUAAAGUCAAGCGUGAUUUUAUUGGGAACUACUGGUUCAGCUCAGUUAAUGUGCAUUGCCGAGGCAAAGUCCCGUCACGGCGAGACGAUCUGGAAGCGGCCGCGUUGAUGUUUAUCCACCUUCUCACACCUCGCGGAUUGAGUUGGACGAGAAAUGGUGUCCCUAAAACGUCAGAGGCUCAUACAAGGUUGAAGAUGGAAAAGCGUAAUGCCACUCCAGAAUCACUUUGUAGGGGUCUGCCGUCUGAGUUCGAAGAGUUCCUGUCAUACACGCGACGACUCGCGUUCAAGGAAUCUCCAGACUAUGCACAAUGGAUUGACCGAUUCCGGGAUCUAGCCAAGAGCGAGGGCUUUAGAGAUGUAGACAACUUCGUCUGGCCGCCUCCAGUCCCUGUUGCCCCGUUAGUGAAAACGGCGAAUACGCCCCUCCGAGCUCGAACACCAGCUAUGCCACGAGAUGAAAUGGCCAACAUCCUCAACGACCUCACGAAGCUCAAUCUAGGAGCACAGCCUAUCCUUGGAGACAAGACAAACGUUCAAGAAGCCAUUCGGAAGGCCAAAGAAGGCGCUAAGAUCGACUCGACGAAGAAACCUCCUAAGAAGGCCGCUCCUAACGGUGGACACGAGGUUAUCGUCAUCAGUGAUGAAUCUGAGAGCGGAGACGUCGUGCCUGUUCGAUACCAGGCGCCGAAAGCCCUUCGGCUUAAUCAGCUGGCUGAGAAGUGCUCGAAUGCGACCGAGAACCAAAUGCUAGCGCAGCUAAUCCGGGAAUUCAUCGAUAUCUUGCAAAUGAACAGUUCUAGAACCUUGACGAAGGAGGCCUUCUACUUCCUCGAUGUUCUCUACAAACAGCUGGACGACCCCUCCGUGUUCAUCAAGCCUCGAAGGACUUCCAGGCAGCACUCGUUUAAUGAGCAGGUGCCAGAAAAAGAACCCGCGCAUAUUAAACUCGGUGUAGUGGCUCGUCUACGGAGGGAAGUCAGCUAUAGCCAAUCCAACAAGGUUCUCGCGGCCAUGGUGGCCGAUUUCGCCAAGGUCACAAACAAAAGUACAGGACGGACGGUUACAAAGGAUGGAUUCGCUUUCCUGGACGGACUCUCGGAGAGACUCACGGCGCUUCACUAA